GUCAUGAACACACAUAGUGGAGGUGUGCGCUCACCUCAUAUAAUCACACCAGGUGCCUGUUUUUUCAUUGUCCUGCUGAGAAAAUCCUGAUUACUGAUGGCUUUGUGUGUGUGUGUGACUGUUUGUAGGUUAGUGAAAGAUUGCUGCGGCUGCAGAUAAGAGGAUUAGAGUGGAAUUAGUGUCAUUCCUCUAUUGCCGCGAAGAAUAGGUUCAUAUCGAUUUUAAUCAGAGGGAGAAAGAUGCACAGAAAAGCAGAUAGAGCGCACAGGAACAGACUGUGACAGGUGGAGUGAAUGAAGCUGGAGAGAGGACAAGACUCCUGGAGAUCAUCGCAGUCGGGAUGUUCAGCAGGACACCAAGGAGCUGCACAAGCAUCUGCUGCAGAAAUAUUUGCAUGUAGAAACAUAGACACAUGCACUUAACCAAAAACUUCAAGGGACCACUCAUGCAUUUGCCUCGGUUUGAAGUUUUGCCCACGUUCUGGAUCUCUCUGGCUGUGGAAACCUCCAGCGGCUGUGGGAUGUUUGACCAGAACCACCAGAGUUAGUCUGCAGAGACCUGGAGCUGGAGCUGGUGGGUCGCUGUGGCCGGGAUGCUGCCGUUGUGUCAGUGGUGGCGGGGAAACCUGUGAGACAUGAGGGUGGACAUGCUGACCUUCCUGGCUCUGGCCACAGCAAGCCUCUUCGCCAUCGUGAUGGGUGGUCGCAGCUCUGGACGCAGGAAGAACAAGGAGGUUUUCCUGGGGGAGAACAGCAAGUUCAAGUUUGGAGGGCGUAUUGACUACAAACUAAAGAGGCAGGACAGCACCAAAACGCUGCUGAUAAAAAGUGAACAGCUGCUGAGGAUCGAAGAGCAUGAUUUUGCAAUGAGACCAGGCUUUGGAGGUUCAGCCAUCCCUGUGGGCAUUGACGUGCAGGUGGAGAGCAUCGACAGCAUCUCAGAGGUCAACAUGGACUUCACCAUGACUCUGUACCUGCGUCAUUACUGGAAAGACGAGCGGCUGUCGUUUCCGUCCAGAAACAAUCAGAGCCGGACGUUUGACUCGAGGCUGGUGAAGAAGAUCUGGGUCCCCGACGUCUUCUUCGUCCACUCAAAGCGCUCGUUUAUCCACGACACCACCAUGGAGAACAUCAUGCUGAGGGUUUACCCCGAUGGAAACAUCCUCUACAGCGUCAGAGUCACAGUGACGGCUCUCUGCUCGAUGGACUUCAGUAGUUUCCCUCUGGACACACAGAACUGCUCACUGGAGCUGGAGAGCUACGCGUAUAAUGAGAACGACCUGAUGCUUUACUGGAAGAACGGGAACGACUCUCUGAGGACGGAUGAGAUCGUCUUGUCUCAGUUCUUUAUCAAGCAUUUCCACGCCUCCAGUGGCCUGGCCUUCUACAGCAGCACCGGGUGGUAUAAUCGACUGUUCAUCAACUUCAUCCUGAGGAGGCACAUCUUCUUCUUCAUGCUGCAGACGUACUUCCCCACCAUGCUGAUGGUGGUCCUUUCCUGGGUGUCCUUCUGGAUCGACAGGAGAGCCGUCCCUGCUCGUGUCUCUCUGGGUAUCACCACGGUGCUCACCAUGUCCACCAUCAUCACCGGAGUGUCCUCCUCCAUGCCUCAGGUGUCAUAUGUGAAAGCAGUGGACAUCUACCUGUGGACCAGCUUCCUGUUUGUCUUUCUUUCUGUGAUCGAAUAUGCGGCUGUGAACUACUGCACCACUCUUGAGGAGAUGAGGAAGAUGAAGAGGGGGAAGAUCCCAUCCACAUAUAAUGCCAGCCAGGCGAUGGCCUUCGACGGCUGUUUCCAUGACGAUGAAAUUGAGCUUACUACAUUCCCUCGAAUGGCGCCCACCCUGACCACUGAUCCCCUCACCAGUUCAGCCCAAAGCCCCGACAUCAGGCCCAUAGAGGGCACUCGCCUCCACCGGCAGCGGUCACUGCGGGAGAACGUGGACCUGCUGGUCAGCAACAGCUACAUGAUCGACUCAUACUCCCGCCUUGCCUUCCCAAUGUCCUACCUGCUCUUUAACAUUAUCUACUGGAGUCUGUACUCCUGAUCCAGAACUACAAGAUCUACUGACGUUUGUACUCCUGAUCCAGAACUGAAAGAUCUACUGGAGUCUGUACUCCUGAUCCAGAACUACAAGAUCUACUGGAGUCUGUACUCCUGAUCCAGAACUGAAAGAUCUACUGACGUUUGUACUCCUGAUCCAGAACUGAAAGAUCUACUGGAGUCUGUACUCCUGAUCCAGAACUACAAGAUCUACUGGAGUCUGUACUCCUGAUCCAGAACUGAAAGAUCUACUGACGUUUGUACUCCUGAUCCAGAACUGAAAGAUCUACUGGAGUCUGUACUCCUGAUCCAGAACUGAAAUGUCAACUAGAGUCUGUACUCCUGAUC